AUGGCGAGUGGCGUGUUUGGGGAUACAUAUGGGCUGAAGGCAGUUUCAGUGAUGGAGGGAGAAUCUGUCACUUUACACACUGAUAGAGAAAUGAGAAAUAAUGAUCGGAUUCUGUGGAGGUUUGGACCGGAAAACACUUUAAUAGCUGAAAUCAAUGUGGUGGACAGCAGCAUGACUGUAAAUGAUGAUUCUGAUGGACGAUUCAGAGGCAGAAUGAAGGUGGAUCGUCAGACCGGAUGUCUGACCAUCACAAACACCAGAAUUGAACAUGCUGGACGUUAUGAACUACAGACCAACCCCAUGAAGAAGUUUUUCAUUCUCACAGUCUACGGUGUGGUUGGCGAUAGGGAUGAGAUGAAGUCAGUUUCAGUGAUGGAGGGAAACUCUGUCACUCUACACACUGAUACUGAAAUGAGCAACAAUGAUCUGAUUCAGUGGAGGUUUGGAAACUAUUUAAUAGCUGAAAUCAAGGAAACGGCCAACGGCAUCACUAUAUAUGAUGAUGUUCUUGAAGGGAGAUUCAGAGACAGACUGCAGGUCGAUGAGGAAACCGGAUCUUUGACCUUUACAAAUGCCAGAAUUGAACACACUGGAUUUUAUCAACUACAGACCAACCAUACGAAGAAGGUUUUCACUCUCAGUGUCUAUGCUCCUCUGCCUGUUCCUGUCAUCUUCAGCUACUGUCCUCCUUCAUCAUCCAAAUGUGUGCUGCUGUGCUCAGCGGUGAAUGUGGGUCAGGUGACUCUCUCUUGGUACAAAGAAAACCGUUUAUUGUCCAGCAUCAGUGUGUCUGAUCUCAGCAUCAGUCUCUCUCUGCCUCUGGAGGUGGAAUAUCAGGAUCAAAACCCCUACAGAUGUGUGCUGAACAAUUCAUUCACUGAGCAGACUCAACAUCUGGACAUCAGUGAACACUGCACAGUGCGCGGUUGUGAUACUGUUCAAGCUGUGAUCCGAUUGGUCGUCACUGCUCUAGUGGGCGUGGCUGCUGCGGCUGCUGUUGUUGUUCUGUAUUAUGACAUCAGAUCCAGAAGAGCUGAACAGAAUCAAUCACAUUCUCCCAUAUCAGCAACCUAA